UUCACACAUUCCGCGCGCUGGGAGCCGAGCCACCGCCAGGAGCUGCAGCAGGUCUCCGUGCGCUUCUGCGUGCGCACCGAGCGCGACUCUCCAAUCAAGCUUGGGAUGAGUGACAGGACAGCAGCUCGCCCGACUUCGUUCUUUCACCGAAUUUCUAACAGAUCUCUGCCGUGACCAGUCCACCUGUCUGGCUCCGACCUCCGGAGACGUCGCGCCCGCUGCGGCGCGUGGAUCUACGGUCGCGGCGUCGGAGGUUCUCCGCUGGAAAUAAAACUGAAAUCAGGAGCUUGGUCCAUUCCGUGGAGGUCUGGUGGUGUUUCGCGUUUCUUUCUGUUCAGUUUAACUCGCGCUAGGUCUGGCUCCUGGUUGUAACCCCGGCGACAAAGUGUCGUUCUGAUGCCCUCCGGCGCGCGGUCUCAGCCAACUUCUGGGUCCUAUGAGGGGAUUUAACGGAGAUCCAUUCCGACCAGCGACGGACCAACAGACCUGGACACUAAGCUGGACUCACUGGGGGUGCAGGGAGAAUGAGGAGUCACCGGGGCCGGGGGAAGCAGCAUGAGUGGCCUGUGCACCUUCGUUAGACUGACAGGCCUCAUGUUUCCAUGGAAGUGGUUGACACUAAGCCUGCUCCAGUUCUGGUUGUCAGCAGGGACCAGUGCCGCUGCGGACUCAGCCGGAGCCGGCUUCAGCGGCUCUAACGGGCCCCUGGGCUGGCUCCUGUCAGAAAAGGGCCCUUUCCACGGCUCGCAGGAGUUUGUGGAUUUCACAGAGCGCUACCAGCAAGGAUUCACCACCAAGUACAAGAUCUACAGGGAAUUUGGCCGUUGGAAGGUGAACAGCUUGGCCCUCGAGAGACAGGAGAACAAUGGCUUUUCGUUGCCGCUGGACCCUGAGUUCCUUCAGACCAUUAGGCAGCUGGGCAGGAGGCCCAGUCUUAGCGCCAUCACUGACAACAUCAUCAGGAAAUACGGAACCCACUUCCUGCUCUCUGCGACGCUGGGAGGGGAAGAGUCAUUAAUGAUCUUUGUGGACAAGCGGAAGUUGAGUCGGACAUCUGAAGCGAGCGAGUCCAACGGCACCGCUGUGACACUGGAAGCUCUGCACCAGCUGGCAGCCUCCUACUUCAUCGACAGAGAGAGCACCUUACACAAGCUGCAUCACAUCCAGAUCGCUUCGACCGCCAUCAAGGUGACCGAAACAAGGACGGGCCCUCUCGGAUGCAGUAACUAUGACAACCUCGAUUCUGUCAGCUCUGUUUUGGUUCAGAGCCCCGAAAACAAGAUUCAUUUGCAAGGCCUCCAGGCCAUACUGCCCGACUAUCUGAAGGCCAGGUUUGUCCAGGCUGCUCUCAGCUACAUUGGCUGUAAUGAGGAGGGGCAGUUCGUGUGCCGGGACAACGACUGCUGGUGUCAGUGUGCCGUCGAGUAUCCACAUUGUAAUUGCCCUGAGGUAGACCUGAGGGCCAUGGAGGCCAGUUUACUGCAAAUCCGAGAUUCGUGGAACACGGCCAACCAUGACUUUGAGGGAUCAGAAGAGUUCCAGAACUUUGUUCGAAGGCUUCCUACGUUCUACGCCCUGAACACGUCCGCCAUCCUGUAUUUCUGGAAGAUGGAGCCGUCCGUUCACCAGCGCUACAAACAGCUGGAGCUCAGCACACAGCAGCUCCUGAGCAAGGCACGGCGCAUUGUCAACAAGCUCUUCACCCUCAGCAAGAGGUGUCAAACUCAGCCCAAAAUUAUCAUGCUGCGGGAGAGGCCCACGAGCUACUGGCUCAACUACAUCCUCUCCAUCAUCUACUGCAGUGAGAACAACCACAUCGGCUCUUACCUGGAGGAGACCCGAAGCUGCUCCUGCCCUUACGAGCAUCCCCCCUGCCAGGGUGUGAUCCCGUGCACGGUGGGCGAGGGCACCUCGUGUGCGUCCUGCUCCAACGAGAACCGCUCCCGCUGCGCCACCUGCAACCAGGGCUUCAUGCUGAGCCAGGGCGCGUGCCGCAACGAAGUGCCCGACUCCACCGACCACUACAUUGGCUUUGAAACGGACCUGCAGGACAUGGAGCUGCGCUACCUCCUGCAGAAGAAGGACAACCGGAUCAGCAUCCACGGCAUCUUUGUCAGCAACGACGUCAGGCUGAAUAACUGGUUUGACCCGUCGUGGAGGAAGAGGAUGCUGCUGACGCUGAAGAGUAACAAAUACAAGUCCAACCAUGUCCACAUGCUCCUGGGGAUGUCUUUACAGAUCUGCCUUACCAAGAACAGCACCCUUGACCCCAUGCUGUCCGUCUACAUCAAUCCCUUUGGGGGGAGCCACUCAGAGAGCUGGAUCAUGCCCAUCGACCAGAACAAUUACCCAGACUGGGAGAGGACUAAAUUAGACCUUCCCUAUGACUGUUAUAACUGGACUUUGACUUUAGGCAACAAGUGGAAAACAUUUUUUGAGACGGUCCACUUUUACCUACGGAGCCGGAUCAGGGGACCCUCCAGUAAUGGGAAUGGAACUGUAUACUUUGAACCCUUGGAGUACCUGGAACCCGGGCAAAACCUGGGCUACAUGAAGAUCAACAGCAUCCAGGUGUAUGGUUACAGUAUGCACUUUGACCCAGAGGCGAUCCAGGACCUGAUUUUACAGCUGGACUACCCGUACACUCAGGGAUCGCAGGACUCGGCCCUGCUGCAGCUGCUGGAGAUCCGGGAUCGGGUCAACAGGCUGUCCCCGCCCGGAGCGCAGCCUCUGGACCUCUUCUCCUGUCUGCUGCGGCAUCGGCUCAAACUGUCCACCACAGACGUCGCCAGGAUCCAGGCGGCACUGCAGACUUUCAGUGCCAAGCAGCCCAAGUCCAUUGAAUAUGAAACAACCAAAUUAUGUAGCUAAUAAGUGGGCAGGCGGCCAGGUGCGCAGCUGCACAGGCAGAGCGGCCGCCGCAGAGGCUCACCGAGGGUUUAAGAGCAAUCCCGAAGCAGUAAACAGGACAUUCUGGACAAUUUUAACAGUCGUGGUGGAUCUCAACAGCACAGCUGGGAUUCUUAUGUCAGCUUUUCUUAUAAAUUUGUACAACAUCUUAGACCUGAGUAGGGUUUCACCAUAUUUGCCUCAUUCCUUUUUUUUUUUCUGAGGAAAAACUUUGCUCACGAUAUAAUUUUAAAUCUCUGCUGCCACUCACAUGUCACCACGUCUCUGAUGUCAGUAGACGGCACAAAUCUGAAUCACCCACACACGCGAACAAAAGCUUUUACUGAGAAAGUAUUAUCCAAGCAAUGUAAUCACCUCACAAAUCAUUUCAUCACCAGCAUGAGUUUGGCUUUGUUCUCAGUGUUUGCUACAAUCCUUUUCCUCCAUUUUACCGCGGAACGCGAUAAGGCCUCUCUUUGUUUUUAUUUAUUCCGUUUUAGCUUUCUGCAAACAUUCGUCUUUUUAUUAAAACCUCUAAUUACACUUUUUUGUAAAAAAAAAAAAACUAAAUGAAAUAAAACGAACACAUGCUGUAAGACGCAGAUCCCCCUCAUGAAAACAAUAUAACACGAUGCGAUAAAUGUUACAUGUGCUUUUAUUUUUAUAAUGCUGUUGUUUGUGAAGCAAAUGUUACAAAACAUUGUCUAUAAAAUGUAUAAUACGGUUUGUUAAUACACUGAAUAAAAUACAUUUUUAUGUGUGGUCUAA